AAAAACAGGUUGCGUAUUAGACCGUUUCCAUCGGUUUUUAUGAAGCCUAUCCAGGCCAGAGACACACAGACCAGCAUCUCCAGUGGCCAGCUGUGCGUCUCUGAAGAGUGACGAGUAAAGAGUGAAAAAUGGAAUCCACGUCCAGCUGUGAACCACCACAGUCUGAUCCAAAACCACAGCCACACAGACCAGCGUCUCCAGUGCCCAGCUGUGUGUCUCUGAAGAGUGACCGGUCUAUGGAUGAUCGUCCUGUGUUCAGCAGUGGACCACCACAAUCUGAUUCAAAACCACAGCCACACAGACCAGCGUCUCCAGUGCCCAGCUGUGUGUCUCUGAAGAGUGACCGGUCCAUGGAUGAUCGUCCUGUGUUCAGCAGUGGACCACCAGCGUCUGAUUCAAAACCACAGCCACACAGACCAGCAUCUCCAGUGCCCAGCUGUGUGUCACUGAAGAGUGACCGGUCCAUGGAUGAUCGUCCUAUGUUCAGCAGUGGACCACCAGAGUCUGAUUCAAAUGUUUUGAGGAACGUCCUGACCCAGGAUCAGUCCAGGUGUGGAAUCACACAGGCCAAACCCAAACUACAAGACAACCAUGUCCUGAACAGAGUACUGAUGAACCAUAAAGCCAGUAUGAAGAGGAGAUUUGAGAGCAUAUGUGAAGGCAUCAUAACGAGGACUGAGAAGCAAAGGGCCCCCUCGAUAAGGUCAGAGACUCAAACACUCCUGAACAAGAUCUACACAGAGCUCUACAUCACAGAGGGAGAGAGUGAAGGGGUGAAUAAUGAGCAUGAGAUUUGGCAGGUAGAGUCAGCAUCCAGGCCACAAUCUACAGAGGACACAUCAAUUAACUGCAAUGACAUUUUCAAGCCCUUACCUGGACAGGAGAGACACAUCAGAACAGUCAUGACCAAGGGGAUUGCUGGCAUUGGAAAAACUGUCUCAGUGCAGAAGUUUAUCCUUGACUGGGCAGAGGAGAGAGCUAACCAGGAUGUAGAUUUCAUGUUUGUGCUUCCAUUCCGUGAGCUGAAUUUGGUCAGAGAUGAUCAGUACAGUCUUCACAGGCUCCUGCUUGACUUCCACCCUGAGCUUAGGGAGCUACAGGAUGGUGAAUACAAAGACUGCCACAUUGUGUUCAUCUUUGAUGGUCUGGAUGAGAGUCGACUUCCUCUGAAUUUCCAAGAGAACCAUGAGUUAUCUGAUGUGACACAAACAUCAUCAGUGGAUGUGCUGAUGACGAGCCUCAUUCAGGGAACUCUGCUUCCCUCUGCUCUCAUCUGGAUAACCUCCCGACCAGCAGCAACCAGUCAGAUCCCUUCUCAGUGCAUCAGUCAGGUGACAGAAGUACGCGGGUUCAAUGACCCACAGAAGGAAGAGUACUUCAGAAAGAGGAUCAGUGACCAGAAUCAAGCCAACAGAAUCAUCUUGCACAUAAAAGCAUCCAGGAGCCUUCACAUCAUGUGCCAUAUGCCAGUCUUCUGUUGGAUCUCAGCCACUGUCCUUCAGCAAAUACUGGAACAGGAUGAUGGGAAAGAAGCCCCCAAAACUCUGACUGAGAUGUUCAUACACUUCCUGCUCAUCCAGACCACCAGGAAGAACCAGAAGUAUCAAGGGGAAAGUGAGACAGAUAGACAGAAGCUCCUGGAAUCCCACCAGGGUGCCAUAUUGAAACUGGCAGAGCUGGCAUUGAAGCAUCUGGAGAAUGGUAAACUCAUGUUCUAUGAGGAAGACCUGAGAGAGUGCGGCAUUGAUGUCAGUGAAGCCUCAGUGUACUCUGGCAUGUGCACUGAGAUCUUCAGGGAGGAAUGUGUGUUUCAUCACAAGAAGGUCUACUGCUUUGUCCAUCUGAGCAUCCAGGAGUUUCUUGCUGCACUGCACGUGUUUGUGUCUUACCUGGAAAAGGACAAGUUAGCCUUGGGAGCAUUUCUUGGUAAAAGGUCUCAUCGGUAUGACUUGUGUUCUCUUCAACUGUUUGAUCUGUUGAAGGUAGCAGUGAAGAAAGCUUUGGACAGUAACACUGGACACCUAGACCUUUUCCUCCGCUUUCUUUCAGGCAUCUCAGUGGAAAGCAAUCAGGGACUUUUAAAAGGUCUUUUGACAAACACACACAGCAGUUCAGAAUGCAUCAAGAAAACAUGUCAAUUCAUCAAGGAACUCAAGAGGCGGCGCCCAUCUCCUGAAAGAUACAUCAAUCUUUUCCACUGCUUGUUUGAAAUGAAUGACCAUUCCCUACAUAAACAAGUUCAAAAAUAUCUCAAAUCCCCAGAUGGUUUGUCAGGUGAAUUGUUUCCUGCCCACUGUUCAGCAUUGGCCCACAUGCUUCUGAUGUCUGAGGAGGUGCUGGAUGAGUUUGACUUGAGCAAAUACAAAACAUCAGAGGAGUGGCGGAAGAGACUGAUGCCAGCUGUGAGAUGCUGCAGGAGGGCUCUACUUGCUGACUGUAAGAUAACAGAGCAGUCCUGUGAGAUUGUGACCUCAGCUCUGCAGUCUUCAAACUCGCCCUUAAGAGAGCUGGACCUGAGUCAGAAUGACCUACAGCAGUCAGGAGAAAAGCUGGUCUCUGCUCUUCUGAGUCCAAACUGCAAGCUGGAGACGCUGAGACUUGCUGGCUGUGCGUUAACAGAGAAGUCCAGUGAGAUUGUGGCCUCAGCUCUGCAGUCUGCAAACUCCUCCUUAAGAGAGCUGGACCUGAGUCAGAAUGACCUGCAGAAGUCAGGAGAAAAGCUGGUCUCUGCUUUACAGAGUCCAAACUGCAAACUGGAGACACUGAGACUUGUUGGCUGUGGACUCACUGAGAAGUCUGGAGGUGUUUUGGCCUUUGCCCUGCAGUCAGUAAACUCCCACUUGAGAGAGCUGGGCUUGAGUAAGAAUACUCUGGGGGAUUGUGGAGGAAAGCUGAGCUCUGGAACGCUGAAUCCACACUGUAAGAUAAAGACACUCAGACUUGCUGGUUGUAAACUGUCAGAGAAACCCUGUGAGGUUGUAGCCUCUGCUGUGCAGCACAUGGUGUCUCUGACAGAGCUGGACCUGAGUGGCAAUCACAUGAACAUCACUGCAGUUCAGCUUCUGAAUGCAGGGAUAUGCAGCCCCAACUGUAAACUGCAGAUAUUAAGACUUGCUGACUGUAAGCUAACAGAGAAGUCCUGUGAGAUUGUGAUCUUGGCUCUGCAGUCUGCAAACUCCCCCUUAAGAGAGCUGGACCUGAGUCAGAAUGACCUGAAGGUGUCAGGAGAAAAGCUGCUCUCUGCUCUACAGAGUCCAAAGUGCAAACUGGAGACACUGAGACUUGUUGGCUGUGGACUCACAGAGAAAUCUGGAGGUAUUUUGGCCUAUGCCCUGCAGUCAGUAAACUCCCACCUGAGAGAGGUGAACCUGAGUAAGAAUACUCUGGGGGAUUGUGGAGGAAAGCUGAGCUCUGGAGAGCUGAAUCCACACUGUAAGAUGGAGACACUCAGACUUGCUGGUUGUAAACUGACAGAGGAAUCCUGUGAGGUUGUAGCCUCAGCUGUGCAGCACAUUGUCUCCCUGACAGAACUGGACCUGAGUGACAAUCACAUGAACAUCACUGCAGUUCAGCUUCUGAGUGCUGGGAUAAGUCACUCCAACUGUAAACUGCAGAUAUUAAGACUUGCUGGUUGUAAACUGCCAGAGGAAUCCUGUGAGGUUGUAGCCUCUGCUGUGCAGCACAUGGUCUCCCUGACAGAGCUGGACCUGAGUGACAAUCACUUAAACAUCGCUGGAGUUCAUCUUUCAAGUGCAUUGAAAGGUGACAUCAACUGGAAGCUACAGAUAUUGAGACAUGCCCGUGGAGAACUGAGAAACUAUGCCUGUGAGCUCACACUGGACCCAAACACAGCAUGUGAUGUUCUCUCUCUCUCUGAGGGGAACAGAAAGGUGACAUGUGUGAGUGAGGAGCAGCCGUAUCCUGACCACCCAGAGAGAUUUGACAUCUGCCGUCAGGUGCUGUGUAGAGAGGGUCUGACUGGACGCUGCUACUGGGAGGCUGAGUGGAGUGGUGAUAAGGCUCAUAUAGCAGUGGCCUAUAAGAGCACCCAGAGGAAAGGGAGGAGUAAGGACUGUGGGUUUGGACGUAAUGCCAAGUCCUGGACUCUGUGGUGCUCUAGUGACAGUUACUCUGCCUAUCACAAUAAUAAGGGUACUGACAUACCUGCCCCCCCCUCCCGCUCCAGCAGAGUAGGAGUGUACCUGGACUGGCCAGCAGGCACUCUGUCCUUCUACAGCGUCUCCUCUAACACACUCACCCACCUGCACACGUUCCACUCCACAUUCACUGAGCCCCUCUAUCCUGGGUUUAGUGUUUAUGAAAACUCCUCAGUGUCCCUGUGCCAGAUCACAUGACCUCCAAUCCUGCAGGAGGAGAGCCAUACACUCCUGUUCAUACACUCCUAUGUGCAUGUGAUGUGUCCCUUCUACUUGUGUGUGUGUGUGUAAGCGUGUAUGUCGUGACUCGUGCAUCUAUGCAUGUAUGUGUGUGUGUGUGUGCCUGCCUCCUUUUAUUCCUCUAUUUGUGUGUGUUGUGUGUAUGUGUGUGUGUGUUCCUGCUGCUCCUUCUAUUUCUCUAUUUGUGUGUGUGUGUGUGUGUGUGUGUGUGUGCGUGUGUGUGUAUAUGUGCUGCUCCCUCUAUUCCUAUAUUUGCGUGGGGGGGGUGUGUUUGUGUAUUUCAGUCCAAGACCAUCUCUCCUUCUGUUGUCCCUGCUCUCUGUUUCAUCUGUGUGUGUGUGUGUGUGUGCGUGUCCGUGUGUCCGUGUGUGCGUGUGUCCGUGUGUCCGUGUGUGCGUGUGUGCGUGUGUGUGUGUGUGUGUGUGUGUGUGUGUGUGUGUCUGUGUGUGCCUGUGUGCG